CCUCCUCUUCCUCUAAAGAUCUCACCAACUUCUCUCUCUCUCUCUCUCUCUCUCCCCGAGUGGUUCUUGUGCUGGUUCAUAUAAGGAGGAGGGUCUCCAUGCUGGUCCGAUGCAGUUGAAUCAUCUCUAAAGCCUCGUUUGGACUCUUCUGCUUGUAUCGUUUUCAGACCCACCGCCAUACUUUCAUCCAGCAACACAUCGCUCUCCAUCCAUCUCUCAUCCUUUCAGCACCAGCUCUCCAGACAACAUUCCCAUUUUCUCUUCAUCAUCUUCCAAUCAUUCCCGCGGCUCUCCGAAAAGCGCUUUUCGUACCUUUCUCUUUGGCUCGAUUCCACCUGGGAGGCUUCGGACAAAGUGCCGUUUUCCGCCUCCCAAGUUUGCGAAGAUGGUGCGGUUCGCUGUCUCUGUUGUCCUGGCGAUCCUCAUGGUCGCAUCCGUCACUCUAGAGGGGGUGGCGGGAUCGAUGAUUACGUGCUCGGGGAUAGUGCCGAUGAGGUACCGGAACGACAAGAUAUCGAUAACGGACUUUGGAGGGAUGGGGGACGGGCGGACGGUGAACACCAAGGCGUUCAGCGAGGCGAUAUACCGGAUCCAGCACCUCCGGCGGAGGGGCGGUACCCUCCUCUACAUCCCUCCCGGGGUGUAUCUCACCGGCAGCUUCAGCCUCACAAGCCACAUGACCCUUUACCUGGCUAGUGGAGCGGUCAUCAAGGCCACCCAGGAUACUUGGAAUUGGCCUCUGAUCGCCCCCUUGCCUUCUUAUGGAAGAGGGAGGGAACGUCCUGGAAGGAGGUAUAUGAGUCUCAUCCAAGGACAUGGCCUUCGAGAUGUGGUGAUCACAGGUGAGAACGGGACGAUUGAUGGUCAAGGAGAGGUAUGGUGGAACAUGUGGAGGCAGCGCACUCUCCAGUACACUCGACCGCAUCUUGUUGAAUUCAUGAACUCCAGAAGCAUCGUGAUCUCCAACGUGGUUUUCAAGAAUUCCCCCUUUUGGAACAUUCACCCUGUUUAUUGCAGCAACGUUGUCAUCAGAUAUGUAACCAUAUUGGCCCCUUACGACUCUCCCAAUACUGACGGAAUUGAUCCGGAUUCCAGUUCCAAUGUCUGCAUAGAGGAUUCGCAUAUAUCCGUUGGAGAUGAUCUCGUUUCAGUGAAAAGUGGAUGGGACGAAUAUGGAAUACGUUACGGCCGUCGUAGCUCAGGGAUCACGAUACGGCGGAUAACUGGGUCAUCCCCUUUUGCUGGAAUCUCAGUGGGAAGCGAAACGUCCGGCGGGGUGGAGAACGUCUGGAUCGAGAACAUAAACUUGUACAACGUGGGCAUAGGAAUCCACAUCAAAACAAACAUCGGAAGGGGAGGGUUCAUAAGGGACAUAACCGUGUCCAAUGUGUUCAUGGAGAACGUGCGUAAAGGCAUACGGAUCAUGGGGAACGUCGGCGACCACCCUGACGAGUACUACAACCCCAGCGCCCUCCCUUAUGUCAAGGGCAUCAGGAUCAAGGACGUCUGGGGCGUGAAGGUCCAAGAGGCGGGCCUAAUACAGGGCUUGAAGAAUGCGCCGUUCACCGGGAUUUGUCUCUCCAACAUCUAUCUCCACGGCGUGCCGGGACAAAGGAGAGCGACCUGGACUUGCUCCGACGUCAGUGGAGCCGCUCUCGAGGUAAGCCCUGGGGUGUGCUCAGAGCUCGCUAGCACCUAUCACAGCAGCAUUUGCUCCAACUAUUUCAGAGACUAAUCUUAAGCUGUGAAUCUACCCAUCUAGCAGACAGCCGGUCGGAUCACUCCAUAGGUUUAUCUGUUCGAUUAGUCACGCCGUCUCAUUAACCCUCUUCGAAUCUUUCAGUGUAUGCUUUUAUUCAACAAAGCUUUGAAUCAUCAUAUCAUCUUAUCCAAUGUCUCUCUUCUUACCGGUUUGAUGGCUAUGAUCUUGGUUCUGUUGAUAUGGAUGCAUGAUCGUCAAGAAAACUAAUCGAGUUUAACCCAAAAGCCUAAGCAGAACACUGGGUAGAUAACAACAUCUGAUCAUCAUACAUAAAAUCCACCAGUGUUGUUAUUUACAAUACAAACAUAGUACAAACCUACUAACUAUCCAUCAAUCUCACAUGCCAUCAUCUAUCUCAGCAACGUGUUCAGAUUGUCCAUCUCUCGAGGAUGCAACUUAUUUACAUAAGACAGCGCAGAUAAGUAAGAAGGCUAAUCCCCCUAGAUACCAUCACAAAA